AUGGAAGUAUAUGUGGAUGAUAUGAUUGUUAAGUCCGCCAAGUCCAGUGACCACGGCGAUGAUCUUAAGGAAGCAUUUGCUCAGCUAAGAAAAUACCGUAUGAAGUUAAAUCCCGAGAAAUGUUCAUUUGGGAUUCAAGGGGGAAAGUUUUUGGGAUUCAUGAUAACAUCAAGGGGGAUAGAAGUAAAUCCAGAUAAAGGUAAGGCGAUCUUGGAAAUGAAAAGCCCAACAAAUGUCAAGGAAGUACAACGGUUAACAGGACGCAUGACUGCCUUAGCACGCUUCUUGCCAAUGGCGUGUGACAAAGCAGCUCCGUUCUUCACUUGUUUGAAAAAGAAUUCGAAGUUUCAAUGGACCGAGGCAUGUGAACAAGCUUUUACUAAAUUGAAAGAAUCAUUAGCAACAUUACUAGUACUAUCCAAACCCACGCCAGGCGUUCCUUUGACGCUCUACUUGGCAGUUACGGAUAGGGCGGUCAGUACGGUGUUGCUUCAGGAAGAAGGGAAAAAGCAGAAGCCAAGGGGACAAGUUACAAUCCAAAGCUUGAUUGACUUCGUGGCGGAAUUAACACCCACAGAAGGCGAGAAAACUCAGGGAGAGUGGGUCCUGUUUGUUGAUGGAUCCUCCAACGAUACGGGAAGUGGGGCAGGAAUAACUAUUGAAAGCCCGGACAAGAUGGUCAUCGAACAAUCUUUGAAAUUCGAGUUUAAGGCGAGCAACAACCAAUCAGAAUACGAGGCACUAAUCGCCGGAUUAAGGCUCGCCAUUGAAUUAGGCGUUCAGAAAUUGUUCAUCAAAGGCGACUCACAGCUGGUUGUUAAGCAGGUAAAAGGAGAGUAUCAGGUGAAGGAUCCACAACUUUCUAAAUACCUGGAAGUGGUGCACAGGUUAAUGAUGGAAAUAGAGAAGAUCAGGAUAGAACAUAUUCCAAGAAGUCAAAAUGAAAGGGUAGACGUGCUGGCAAAACUGGCCAGCACGGGGCGAUUGGGCAAUUAUCAAACAGUCAUCCAAGAAACUCUUCCUCGCCCCAGUAUUGACUUGGUGGAAGUUAAGUUAAAGGCAGUAAAAACGGUAACCGAAGACAAGCCUUCGUGGAUGGAAUCAAUCAAAACUUUCCUCAAAAACCCUCCAAAGGAUGAUGAUCUGAACACGAAAAAAAAGCGUAAGGAGGUUAGUUUUUACACGCUGGUAGGCGAUGAUCUAUAUCGGCGGGGAAUUAUGUCUCCUAUGCUCAAAUGUGUUGACAUGAGAGAUGCCCAAGGAAUCAUGGUAGAAGUUCAUGAAGGAGUAUGCUCUAGUCAUAUAGGAGGGCGAUCAUUGGCAGUAAAGGUAUUGAGAGCAGGAUUUUACUGGCCAACAAUGAAGAAAGACUGCCUGGAAUACGUCAAGAAGUGUGAAAAGUGUCAAGUUUUCUCUGACCUACACAAAGCCUCGCCUGAAGAGUUAACAACCAUGAUGGCACCUUGGCCAUUUGCUAUGUGGGGGACGGACAUUUUAGGACCAUUCCCGGUAGCAAAGGCGCAAAUGAAGUUUGGUGUCCCCAUGGCUUUGGUAAUGGAUAAUGGGACUCAAUUCACAAGCAAUGUCACCAGAGAAUUUUGUGCGGAUAUGGGAAUUGAAAUGCGAUUUGCAUCAGUAGAGCAUCCUCAGACCAAUGGGCAGGCAGAAUCAGCCAACAAGGUUUUCUAUGAGGCGGCAUAUGUAAAAAUGAAGGGACAAUAG